GUAUUCAGAUUUCUAAUAAUACAAAUUAUUUUGGACAAGAUAAGAUAGCUUCAGAAAAUUAUAUGAAUAGCUUUUUAUUAACAAAACCAAUUGAUUGUUUUUAUGAUCCUGAAAAUGUUUUAAAUGUUUUAUUUAAUAUAAAUUAUACUGUAAAAACAUGGGUAAUUUUUGGA